AUGUCCAACGGAGCAAACAUGCUACCGGCCCAGGCCGUCUUUGACGAUACCAGAGAAAUGCGCUUCACUGCAGUCCUGGGCCAAGACCCUCUGAUCCCUCCUCAAAUCUUGAUGGAGGAGAUUCCAAUCACCAAAGCGGCCCUUGAGACAGUUGUCCGUGGUCGCCAGGAGGCCGUCGCCUGCGUCAUUGGCCACGACGACCGUCUUCUUGUCAUCGUGGGACCCUGCUCGAUCCACGACCCCGCGGCUGCCCUUGAAUACUGCCAGCGUCUCAAAGCCCUGGCCGACAAGCUUUCUGAUGACCUCUGCAUAGUUAUGCGCGCCUACCUCGAAAAGCCCAGGACCACGGUGGGCUGGAAGGGUCUGAUCAACGACCCCGAUAUCGAUCAGACUUUUAAGAUCAACAAGGGACUGCGCAUUUCGCGGCAGGUUUUCUGCGACCUGACAUCAGCCGGUAUGCCAAUCGCAAGUGAGAUGCUCGAUACUAUUUCCCCUCAGUUCCUAGCCGAUCUGAUCUCGGUUGGUGCUAUCGGCGCUCGCACGACCGAAAGCCAAUUGCACCGAGAGUUGGCAUCUGGUCUUUCGUUCCCCGUUGGAUUCAAGAACGGAACGGACGGCAACCUCGGUGUUGCGAUUGAUGCCAUCGGAGCUGCCGCCUCGAAGCAUUCGUUCAUGGGUGUUACGAAGCAGGGUCUGGCUGCCAUCACCCGGACGGCGGGCAACCAACACGGUUUCGUUAUCCUGAGGGGUGGUACCAAGGGUCCCAACUUUGACAAGGCUAGCGUUCAGGCUGCCAAGGAGACUUUGAACCAGAAGGGUCAGAGGCAGGCCAUCAUGAUUGACUGUUCGCAUGGUAACUCGAACAAGGACCACCGCAACCAACCCAAGGUUGCCAAGGUCAUCGGUGACCAGCUGCGCGAGGGUGAGAGGGCAAUCAUUGGCGUCAUGAUCGAGUCCAACAUCAAUGAGGGCAAUCAGAAGGUGCCACCUGAGGGUCCAUCUGGUCUCAAGAAGGGUGUCAGCAUCACAGACGCCUGUAUCGACUGGGACAGCACAGUCGCGGUCCUAGAGGAUCUGGCCGAGGCGGUCAGGGUGCGCAGGAGUCUCUACCCGCAGGACCGUAACGGUCAUAGGGAGGAGAGACUCGCGACUCCCCUUGAGGAGGACUAA